AUGUCUCUUUUGUCAUUGCAAAUUAUUCAGUACAUCAGUGGGGAAAAGGUCAUUGUAUCAUACAAAGUGAAAGUAGGUUUAAAACGUUCACUCAGUCAGAUUGUUAGUGGUGGUACUGGUAGUAGUAGUCGUAGUCGUGGUAGUUGUUCUGGUAACAGUAGUGGUGAUGGUGCUGGUAAGAGUGUUGAUGGUAGUGGUGGUAAAAGUGAUAAUGGUAGAGGUAGAGGUGGUGGUAGCGGUAGUGGUAGUAGUGGCGAUGGUAGUAGUAGUUGUGGUUGUGGUGGUGGUAGUUGUAGUAGAGGUGGUGGUAGUAGUAGUGGUGUUUUUAGGGGUAGUAGUGAUAGUUCUAGUGGUAGUAAUAGUAGUGGUGUUGGUAGUUUGAACUAA